AACACUGAAAACCUGAGAGCAUUGGACAGCUAAUUCGUCUGCAUAUAUGACUCUUCAGCAGUGUGCUCCCAAAUCCCGCCUUCCAGGGAUCAAACCCAGGAACUUCAGGUUCCAUGACCAGCACAUUACCACUGGAUCGGAAUCCAGUGGUCCACAUUUUCAACUUCUGUCAGUUCACAACACAUCGCAACCGUCACCGAAUGUCAUAGUUGAGUAUUUGUCCUCAUGGCCACCAGGUUCACUCCAAAAUGAAAAUCAACUUGAAAUCACUGAAUCCCUACAAACCCGAAAUACUCUCAAGGGAACCAUUAUAUGCCGUUCUUGAUACUGACAUCAUUUCCAGUUGAAAGCAAACUUCAGCAGUCUUCGUUUUACCCCACUUUGUAGGUUGCUGUUCUAACUAAGUAUACAGCUAGCCAGAAAAAUAAAUUCUACACUAUGCAAACACUUUCAAACAUCAUUUUUGUCAGGACCUAUCCCAUA